CUGUUCAACACCACAGAAAUUAAACCACACCAGAUGUAAACAGGAAACAAAGUUCGUUAGAUAACUGGCUUGCUUAUUCAUUGAUGGCAUUGAAUAGUCGAAUACCCCUUUUUUAACGUUUUAAGUGAUCAUUAAUGUUGUAAGAAGGCAUAGUUUACAAAUUGAGAGAUUAUAGUCUGCUUCUCACUACCCAUUGAUAAUGACAGCUUCACGUAGGCUUCUGAUUUAGCUUAGUAGCAAGCUAAAUGACCGUCUUUUGACUGUGAAUGGAAGCAGCAGGCUAGCAUAUUGCACCGAGUGGGUAGAGAUACUGUAACCACCGACUUGGACACUAGCCAGGCACCGUACACGUCUUCUUUUUGUGACGUUAGAUCAUUCAUUAAGGCGUUGGUGAUGGAUGAAGAUUUUUUGCUCGCUGUUCAGCUACAGGAACAAUUCGACUAUGAGGCUUCCACGUAUUCAUCGGAUGCCGUCGAUUAUAAUGUUGACCCGGUUAGUAAGAAAAGAAAAGUCGAUUCCAGUGGCGACGUACUUGCUCCAUGUUAUUCUUCCUUCGAGCCUGAAAGGCCCAUGUCAAUCGUUGACGAGUCAUGGGAGAUGCUUGAUCCCAGUCCUGAUGUUCGAGCCAUGUUCCUGCAAUUUAACGACAUGUUCUUUUGGGGGAAAUUAUGUGGCGUCGAAGUCAAGUGGAGCCCUCGAAUGACGCUAUGCGCUGGAGUGUGUUCUUACGAAGGACGAGGCGGGCUGUGCUCAAUUCGUCUCAGUGAACCUCUGCUGAAACUCCGACCACGUCGAGAUCUGGUGCAGACACUUCUACAUGAAAUGAUACACGCCUUGCUGUUUGUGACUCAAAACAACCGAGAUCGAGAUGGACACGGCCCAGAAUUCUGUAAGCACAUGGACAGAAUUAACAAAGUCACCGGGACAAAAAUUACGGUCUACCACACUUUUCAUGAUGAGGUGGACCAGUACCGUCAGCACUGGUGGCGAUGUAAUGGACCGUGUCAGACUCGGAAGCCCUUCUUUGGCUAUGUGAAGCGUGCCAUGAACCGGGCUCCCUCUGCCCGUGACCCCUGGUGGGCGGAUCACCAGCGCACAUGUGGGGGAACUUACGUCAAGAUCAAAGAGCCAGAUGAUUAUGGGAAGAAAGGCAAGAAAGGUGACGGCAAAGACACAAAGACCCUGAGCCAACCCAAAGACAAGAGCAAGCCCUCCGCCACCACAGGUACAUCUGGUUUGCAGGAUAUUAGGAAUGUCAUCCCAUUCAGUGGCAAAGGGUUCAUCCUUGGAGGAAGCUCUCAGUCGUCCGCCUCUCAAAAACCACCUGACAAUAGUCAGAGAAGACUCGAUUUCCCAGGUUCCCCUGAGCCACUGGGGUCCCCAUCAGGGCAAGUUACAGCCAAAGGCAUGAACUCCCCAGGACAGCCCGGAUACAGCAGCCCCCACAGGACCAGUAACAUGGGCACUAUGACUUCUACCUCAAGGGGUCCCCAGAGUGGCAUCCCAAGCCUACGUCCUCCAAGUAAAAAGUCAGUUGCUAACGUUAGGGCUUUUGUCAACAUUAACGGGUCUCCGGUGAGGAUUUCAAAGACUGCGGGCCAUUUGACGAAGCCAUUCGGGAGUACCACAGAUUCUACCGGCGCAACCCAGAGGUCUGUACGUGACCUCUUCAGCUCCAAAGUACUUGCGUCUCCUGAUGGGGCAAGAAUGGGUGCUAGCACGUCAAGUGCCUCCAAACCAGUGACUGGGCUCAAAGGACUAUCUCAUGAUGUCAAUAGGGAAAGAGCACUGGGGAAUGGCUUUAACUGGAAGGUCGGUGGACAACCAGGGAGAAGUGGAGAUGCUCAGGGCUCCGGUCAGUCAAACGGCCUUCAGUCAGGAAGCCCUGGAGGCUCAAAGACUGGCCUGCUAAACCCGCUCGGUUCCUAUCAGCCCAAACCCGCUGCAAAAUCAGGCACUGCUAUCACGGUUUCUAGAAAGAGGCCGUGGGACAGCGGUGGCACGGCCCACAUCUUCGACUUCUUCCAGCGGACGAUGAGCGAGUCAUCGUCGCCCAAGGGCAAGGCGGAGGGCGUCGCUGCCACUUCCUCCGCCCCUGUUGUGCAGCCCGCCCCUGUCAGCAGCGCCAGCCUUACAGUGAGCUGCCCUGUCUGCCAAGUCACUGUGCCUGAGUCGAAAAUCAAUGAGCAUUUAGACUCCUGCCUCACAUGAUGAAUAACGGGAAGAGGAGAGUUCUUAUCUGUGGCAUUUGCUAUAGGUCACAAUGUAUAUCUGUUUAAAGUGUUUUAAUUGCUAUUAACAAAUCUAUAUAUAGCUGUCAUUUAUCAAACAUGUUGAUUUUAGAUAUUACAAAUAAAGUAUUCAAGUAGAUUUUUCUAGGUAGUACAGCUUUUAAGGUUCUUCGAAGCAUUCAGGUGAGGUGCUUUUCAGUAUAGCACAGGUAAGUUUUUCAGUAUUCGGUUCCUUUAAGCAUUUCAUAGUUUGUCAUUUGUUUUUACGGAUUUAUCUGAAAUUUGUGCGAAUUGCUGGGGUGUUUGUCAAAAAUAUCAAGAUGGCUGAGAUACCUAACAAGUGCUGCUUAUUUGUAAAGUAGGUGAUUUACAAAGAUUUUAUUUAAACUGACGUCACACUGUUUUAUUAUGUACAAUAAUGAACGACCUGUGCCUUCCUGUACAUAAUUAUAUGCAAGCGUACAGUCUGUACAGACUUUAAAAGGGCAUAAAAUACUGAAGGUGUUAAAUCUUCACUCAGGUCAGAAGUGGAUAUCAGUAAACCUAGCAAAUACUUUUUGCUCUUGUAUGUGCACAUUUAUUUGAUGUGACUGUGACUUUGGUCUGUGAUACGACCUUUUUGUCAUCGUGCACAGGAGGCAGUUUGUAAAAUCCAUCUCUGUGCUUUCCCAGCUGUGGGAAAUGCUGGCCUUCAUACUAAACAGACGGGAUUGUAUUACGCGUAUGCUUGCUGUUCACCAUUGUGGCCUCUCCGAUGCCCACUGCACGCGUGCAGGUCAAACUUUACAAGGGCACUUUAUGCUUCACAAAUAUGAUCACUUGAACAGCUGCACUGGGUAUUGCUGCUGAGUAUUUGAACCAAUCUGCUCAGUGUAUGAGAAGCAGUAAACAAGAAUUAUCUCUUGGCAAUCAAGCAUACAAAAUGUGUGUUUUCCAAAAGAUGGGAAAUGCAUUCUGAUUUAAUCAAAGAUUACAAGUGGCAUGUUAAAUUGUUUUUUUUUAAAAUGUUUUCAUAGUAAGUUGUAUCUGACAUUUUACAACUCUGUUAUUUUAAAACAGUAUUUUACAACACACUUGAAAAGAAUUUUGCAACAUUUAUUUUUUUUGUUGUAUUUUUUUUAACAUUUUUUUUUUUACACCAGUUUGUUCCUUUUAAUGUUGAUGUAUAGAAGGUUUCAUGCUUGUAUUUACAUGUGAUGUUUAUUCAAAGAAUAUAUUAAAUAUGCACAUUUGUCUCUGUGUUGGUUUUAAUUUAGGGUUUAACGUAUAUUUGAGCAUAAAUUAUUGAAAAUUGUUAGUUAUUUCAAUGAAAGUCUGCCGAUUCAAGUUAUUUAAAACCGCACUCCUCUCAAAAUCGUGUUCAUCAUUAGUCUCACUUCAUGCUCAAAUGCUUUUGAAUGGAUUCUUAUUUGCCCUCUAGGUGCAAAGUACUGAUAACACCACACUGUUCUGUGCUCCUGAAAAAGUUUAAUGGGCAUAAAAACAGACAGGGGCAACAGCCCAGAAAUUCUUUUGGAAGAUAUGUACAUGAUACAUCUUGACAUUUUUUGUGGGCUUAAAUGCUCCAUCUCACUCUAUGGUUACAAGUAAGUUUUUGUUUAUUAUUAUUAUUAUUAUUAUUAUUAUUAUUAUUAUUAUUAUUAUUAUGUCUUUUUUACAAAAGUACACUGUAAUCCUUAAGUACACACAACAUGUGUUCAUUAACCCCAGACUUAAGAGUGAGGGAGUAAAAAAAGAGUCCAUAAUAAAGGACUUUGAAAGCUAGCUGGACUGUGAAAGGCUUCUGAUGACAUUAUGGGGGUUGGCGAGAGCAGUAAAGGCAGUCAUUUUCCAGAAUCAGUGUUCAGACUGUAACUGGUUUGGACUAGGAGUACUGGAGAAGCAAGCAAAAUAGUUUUGGAUUUGGAGGUUUGCCAGAAGGCAGGGAAGAACAGUAGCAAGGUUAGUACUUAUCACCAAUCCCUGUAUUCACAGGGUAGUGUCCUCGGGGGUAAACAGUUAAAUCAUCUGUGGGUGUGUAGCCUACUGUCUAAUGCCCUUUUACCUGUACCCA